AUGCUUGCCGAAACAGAUCUCAACAAGCUCGAGAGGCAGCUCUCUGACUUCAACCUCGCAGCAAAGGCCCGUCAGGAUGCUCUGGAAGAACUGACCCUCACCUAUGGCAAACUGUUCGAAGACUACCGCAUCCUGCGCAGCGACUACGAAGAGGAGAAGGAGUCGCGCGAGAAGUACAAGAAGCUCGCUCGUGGUCAAGACAGAAACCCUUUUGUCCUCGUUCUGAUCGAUGCCGACGGCUAUGUGUUGCUGCGUACGGACAAGGAGCAGUUCGAAGACUCCCUAAUCAAAGGUGGCGCGGAAGGUGGUGUGAGAGCUGCAAACAUCCUUCAAGACACUAUCCGAGACAGGCUUUCACGACGUGGCCAUGAGUACGAGAACUGCAAAGUCAUGGUCUGCGCCUACACCAACCUUGCCGGGCUGUCCAAGACACUCGCGCGUACAGGCCUUGUCGGUCGUGAGGCCAGCUGUCUUAGCCCCUUCUAUUCAAACUUCACACGCGCACAAGACCUGUUCGACCUCGUCGAUGCAGGCGAUGAAAAGGAGAACGCGGACAACAAGAUCCGCAAAAUGUUUCGCCUGUUCGUGGAAAACAACCAAUGUAAAUAUAUCUUCUUUGCCGGAUGCCACGAUACUGGUUACCUGAACCUGCUUACUCCUUACAUUUCGAAAAAUGAUAAGAUCACCCUUGUCCGCGGUUCAUCGUUCAGUUCUGGAUUCAACCGCCUUGGACUUGGUAUUGACAAUCUCAACGGUCUCUUUCACAACAACCCCCUUCAUGGUCUUGAUGCUCGACGACCUACUUCCAAGGCCCCUACAGCAUAUUCGCAAACCACGAAUAUGCCGAAUGGACGAUCUGGAUCGGUUUCUAACAACCCACCUGUCUGUACACACUAUCUUCGAGGCAUCUGCAAGUUUGGAAGUGGUUGCAAGAAGUCUCAUAACAAUGGUGGAGACUCGUGGCGCUCGAAUGAGCAUAUAUCUGGACGGGGAUCGGCGCAGAAGGAUUCCACACAAUCGUCCUUUUUCUCACCUUCUUCGCGGUUUAGCACACCCACACCAAGCAGUGCGGACGUUAGUUCUCCUGGAUCUGGCGCUGCCUUGCCACACAAUUCCGGUACUGGACAGCCCUUUCCUCCACCCCUGCCUCCUACUCACCAUGAGCACCCGUCCACUGCUCUACCAACGCAAACACCAGAGAAUGCUAAUCUUAUCCCUGUCAAUAAAGCUGGACAGAGGUUGGACUUUCUGCUACCCACACCCUCCAGCGAAGACUGGAGAGCCUACAACACUCGAAUUGCCCAGCAAGGGAAACUUUGCAAUGAGUACAAACUGAAAGGAUACUGCACAAAGGGAGGCACGAACUGUAUCUGGGACCACAGCCCUGUACCGGAUAACAUCAAGCUCGUUACGAAACAAGUGGUUCAUUCUUAUCCAUGCACCCGCAGAGGAAAUUGCCGCCGCAAAAACUGCAACAUGGGCCACAUAUGUUUCCGCGAGAAAUGCAGCACCUCNAAAAGUGAUGGUGCUUGUAAGCUCAAAUACUCGAUGCAUGAUAUUGAUCCUGCUGUUGCCGAGUGGGUGCCAGCUGAGCCAGACGUCAAAGUCUAUAAGUCUGACUCCUUCGGUAUGAUAUCUGGAGAAACCAGUCACAGCGAGAGGAAUGUCGCUUCACGCGCGGCUAGUGAGGCAGCUCAGAAUGAGAGCGACAUCGAUCUACACUCGUAUGCGGAGCCUCAUCCAUAUGACUUGGAUUAG